AUGUCGUCUAUUCCCUUUUACAUAUCGAAUUCUUUACUUUUUACAAAAACCGGUAUUCUCAAGGAAUCGAACAAUUUAGUCGUGUCAAAUAUCCUCAAGAAUCCUUUCAAAUUCAUUGGUCUCAACAAAUUACCCAAGCGCAAUAUAGGAAUGGCGUGGCGUUGCUCAGCCGAUAGUAAUGAUGGCUUGGUGGAUAAUUUGAAGAAUAAUAAAAUCAUAUGUUCCGAGAGAGUUGAGAAGGCCAUGAAGUCGGUGGAUCGAAAAAAAUACGUUAGCCACAGCCCAUAUAUGGAUUCGCCUCAACAGAUAGGUUACGGCGCAACGAUCUCAGCACCUCAUAUGCAUGCUAUCGCUUUAGAAAACAUGGAAUCAUUCCUGAGACCCGGCGCAAAGAGCUUGGACGUCGGAUCUGGAUCUGGUUACUUGACAGUUUGCAUGGCGGAAAUGGUUGGAUCCGAGGGAAAAGUUAUUGGCAUAGAGCACAUCCCUCAACUGGUGGACAUGGCUAAAUCGAACGUUCAGAAAGAUCGACCGGAAUUUUUAGAAUCCAAUCGGAUAGAGUUUCUAGUUGGUGACGGCAGGAAUGGAUACCCGGAAGAAGCACCCUACGACUGCAUUCACGUCGGUGCCGCCGCCGAAACCACACCACAAGUUUUAAUCGAUCAACUCAAAUCACCCGGACGAUUAUUCAUUCCCGUGGGUAGCGGGAGCCAAUACAUUUACCAAUUUGACAAGGAUGUCAAUGGGAAUGUUACCAAAAAGUCAUUAAUGGGAGUGAUGUAUGUCCCACUCACCGAUGCACAUAAGCAGCUGGGGGGAGCACGAAGGUAA